AUGAGCAAAAAACUAGCUAAUUUCGCACAAAAGCGAUGGAUUUCAUGUUCUAGUAAUAGUUUUAACAUGUAUGACCCCCGAGUUUUUCGCGAGCCCGUCUCCAAUGUCCAAGAGCUCCGAAAACCGCUUGACGUCGACGAUGAGCGUAAUUUCCUAUUUCUAAAAGCCAUGAAAAGCGACGCGACGCCGGUUUUCUAUCGGGAUUCAGUUAUCGACAAGCUAAUCCGUGUGUGCACCAAGGACGGCGAAAAAGAAACUUCGCGAAAAAAUGUGCUCAGCGCGCUGGAAAUCAUCAAGCGUCGUCAGUACAAAGCGUGGACGAAAGCCAACGACGAAGAGAAGAAAUCCAUUGAGUUGGACCCUUUUGUGAUUGCUAGAAAGGGAAUUAAGAAUUGCCACCCACUGAUGAAGCUACAAGGCGUGACACGUGGUGGUACCACCUAUCAGGUGCCAUUCCCGAUUGAGGAGCCGGAGGCGGAGUUUAGAGCCAUGAAGAUGAUGCGGGACAUUUGUAGAGUGCGCGCGAAGCAUGGAGAAACGCAUUUCAAAGAUAUUCUCGCCACGGAGCUUCUCGCCGCCAGCCAAAACGAGGGAUCGACGAUUACGGCGAAACAGGAGCUACACAAGACGUGUGAAGCGAACCGAGCCUACGCCCAUUAUCGUGCCUAA